AUGGGCCGUCGUCCUCGUCCCUGGCGCUGGAAAUUUCGCGACGCGUCGGGGAAAAGCCGCGUUUUGUCCACUUUGAACCGCUUUUGGUUUAUCAUCUUUGACCCUUCUGCAGCUAUCAUGGAUCACGAAACUACAGGGGCUCAAGAAUGGCUGCUGCCGGGAUACGGAAGAGCACCGCCUAAGAGGAUGGUAGCUCCGCAAACCACGCAGCAACCAAUUCGAGCACCUCAAAAUGUUGUAAAGCCCCAUCUGCAAAAGCAGCCAGUUCGUGGGCAUUUUCGAGCUAGAGGUCGAGGGGGUUUUAAAGUUACUGCCAAUCCCAGAGGAAACGAGCAGCCAUCAGCAAACAAUUUAUUCCGGGACUCCCCAUCAAAGUCACAAUGGAGAAAUGGUCAAGAGAAUACCGGUGCCGUGAAAUUACCUGCAGCUUUCGGUACAUUUAAGCACGAAUUCUUUGGUGCAGCAAGGUCUGCAUUCCCUGGGAAAUCGUACACGAGACCUCAAGAUCGCAAUGAAGUCUUUGAUGAGAUCAGCCAAAGGACUGGUGCUUAUGUUAAGCCUCCAUUAUAUUACGAUCAAGUCGUCCGCAUAUGGGGCGAACCACCUCAAGUGGCUGCGGCUGCGGAGAUUGUUGGAGGGCUGGUUGUUAAGUGCAAUAUGUCCAAGCCGAAGAAAAGAGACGACUGGACGAAAAUCAAGAGCUACUCAGUCAAUAAAGAGGCCAGCGCUGAGCUGAAGGAGAAGCGUGAGAUUAUGCUGCAGCAACUUCGAAAGCAGCCAGACCCCAGUACGACUUUUCCUGAACAGCUUCUCUUCCUUUGGCCAAACGAUGGGCCCUCAAUGAUCGAGUGUUUUGGUCCGCAACUUGAAGACCUCGAUAUUAUUCGGGCUAAAUUUGGGUGUCAUAUUUUUGUCCCCAAAGAUUUGCCCCGUUACAUUUGUGCAUUGGGGUAUACUCAUGAUUUAAUGGGACAGAUUGCGCAGUUAAUCAGGACACGGUGGGGAGAGAUUGUCGCUAAAAGUAACGUCAAACGCAAGGUUUAUAUAGUUGAGCCCCCCACACCCACUACUAUGAAAGGGAAGAUUGCUGUGGAAAAGCACGUGCAGCUACAUAGACCUGCUCUUCGUGGAAGUGAACUUAAGGGCUCUGAACUGGAAAAUUGGAAGACUCGGGCUACCUUGAUACGGUCCAAGAACAAUUCUCGGCUUCUAAGUGCUGUUGAAGGGUCUCUAAAAGGUGUUGCUUUUGUGAGGGGACACCUACGAAUGAGGAUUAACCUUGGUUUGUUUGUCCUUGAGAACUAUCAGAAACCGGGCGGCGAUAAGGACUGGUAUGAAUUCGAGGAGUUUAGAGAAAUACUCCUACAUGAGCAGACCAAGGGUCGGCUGAUUCCUGGGUUGAAAAUUGGACAGUCAGAGCUUCUCGAAAGAUGUUUCAAAGCAACCAACCUCCUCGAGCCAUAUGAUAGCACAUCGGAUUCUCUGAAAAGUGCUGAGCUCGCAUACUCCGUGAACUUCGAGUUCCUGGGUACCGACAAGUCCAUGCUUCGUCUUGAGGCAGAAUUUGCUAAAAGCCCUGGCGCUCAAGACUACGAAAUAACUCAACGACGCUGGCUUAGGCCUCACCCAAGUGGUCAAUUCAGAGACAACCAUUCCCCGUUACAUAUUGGCGUCAUCGAUUUUGGGAGGUCUGAUUGGCAGCUCGAAAUAAAAUCGCUGGAAUUUCAUGAAACGUCUUCAAUUGAUGCGGCUUUGAAAGUCUUUUCGCAUUCCAUCGGCUUUCGGCGUACGGCCGGGGUGGGAGAUAUCUCUGCGAAACCUGAAAGAAAAGUCACUUUCCCUGCCUCUGCACCAGUUUCCAGAUUUGUUGAGAAAUCGGCCCUUCGAUAUCAGCUGAAGGGCACAAAGUACAUCUUUGAAGUUGCGCGUUACGACGAGUAUAGCCGUUCGGUUGUUCCAGCUUUUCCAGGUCAAAGUCCGGCGACGGUACCUAGGGAAAUAUCAGAUGUCCCUUUUACAUGCUGGAGCGCAUCUGUUUUCCAUCCAAAUUGGGAUAAUUUGCUUGGAGGGCACGCAAAUCUGUCAGUUGGGCAUUCGGCAAAAUACAAACCAAACCUCGAUACUUUCUUCCCCCCAACAGAAGUUGGAUUGAACGAUGACGAUAGAACAAAAGGGUUUUGGAAAUUUAUCGAUUUGGUAAACCAAGUCGCUGAACUUCUCGGCCCAGCAAAGACCAUACCCCCUGAAAACACCCAUCAACCCCGUGGAAAUGUCCCAGCCCACGAGAAUUCGUCUCCAAUGGGACCCGAUUCGGCGAAAAAAGGUUAUCAUUCGACUGGCAUUCCCUCAACUCCUAGUUUUGCGGACCCCUCUGGGCUACUGAAUGCAGAUCUGGGGACGUUGUUUUAA